CUUCGAACAACUCACAGCUGAUAUCAUCGAAAACAUCAAUAACAUCACAAACGAGAAAAUUCACCAAGAAUCGAAAGUAAUCCUGAAUCAUUCUUCUUCUUCCGUCAACGCACUGCGUCCAGUAUUCCAAGACUUCACCUGGAAAAUAUCACCGGAUAACAUAGUCAACAUGGCGGGAGCACACAACGUCAUCUUUUUUGUGACCUCGCUCGAAGCUCUCGACUGCAGUGGCGCCGAAAUCUCCUGUGCAGGAAAAACAUUUCACGGCACCGGUACAAACGCCUUCUCCACAGAUCACUACUUCAACAUCAAAG